AGGUCCCUGAGCCCAAACAGGUACUGUACACUGUGCUCAGUGACAGGUGGACAGAUGAAUAGGACAGAGUUCCUGAGCUUCUGGAUGGAAGAACACAUGUAAAUGAGUCCUUCGCAGUUACUGGGUGACAAGUCUGCCCUCACUUCCUCACUCCUCUCACUUUGUACUCUCUGAAGCCUCAUCAUUUCUGUGUCCGGUCUCCACCUACCUUACGUCUGUCUCUCUCGGCUGGUCCACUGGUGUAUGGACUUGAACAUGAUGAAUUGUGAACUUCUAGCCACAUGUAGUGCCCUUGGGUACUUAGAAGGAGACACUUACCACAAGGAACCAGAUUGCUUAGAGAGCGUGAAGGAUUUGAUCCGCUACUUGAGGCAUGAGGAUGACACUCGUGAUGUGCGGCAGCAGCUGGGGGCAGCCCAGAUCCUGCAGAGCGACCUUCUGCCCAUCCUUACCCAACACCGCCAGGACAAGCCUCUUUUUGAUGCUGUUAUCAGGCUGAUGGUGAACUUGACACAACCAGCCUUGCUUUGUUUCGGCAGUGUGCCCAAGGAGCCUAGCUUACGGCACCAUUUUCUGCAGGUGUUAGCUUACUUGCAGGCCUACAAAGAGGCCUUUGCCAGUGAGAAGGCUUUUGGAGUCCUCAGUGAAACUUUGUAUGAGCUGCUGCAGCUGGGCUGGGAGGAACGGCAGGAGGAAGACAACUUGCUGAUUGAACGGAUCCUGCUGCUGGUCAGAAAUAUUCUCCAUGUUCCAACCGACCUUGAUCAGGAGAAGAGGAUCGACGAUGAUGCCAGUGUCCAUGACCAGCUUCUCUGGGCAGUUCACCUCAGUGGCCUGGAUGACCUGCUUCUCUUUCUGGCCAGCUCGCCUGCGGAGCAGCAGUGGAGUCUGCAUGUGCUAGAGAUCAUCUCGCUUAUGUUUCGUGACCAGAACCCUGAACAGCUGGCAGGAGUAGGAAAGGGACGCCUAGCGCAGGAGCGGAGCACAGAUGUGGCGGAACUGGAGAUGUUGCGCCAGCGAGAGAUGGCGGAAAAGAAGACUCGAGCCCUUCAGCGAGGCAACAGGCAUUCUCGAUUUGGGGGCUCCUACAUUGUCCAGGGGUUGAAAUCCAUUGGGGAGAGGGACCUCAUCUUUCACAAAGGUCUCCACAAUCUCCAAAACUACAGUUCAGAUUUGGGGAAGCAGCCUCGCAGGGUGCCUAAACGUCGCCAAGCUGCCCGGGAGCUGUCCAUUCAGCGCCGCUCUGCCCUUAAUGUGAGACUGUUCCUCAGAGACUUUUGCUCUGAGUUCCUGGAGAAUUGUUAUAACCGGCUCAUGGGCUCGGUGAAGGAUUACCUGCUGCGGGAGAAGGCUCAGCAACAUGAUGAGACCUACUACAUGUGGGCCUUGGCUUUCUUCAUGGCCUUCAACCGAGCUGCCUCCUUUCGGCCAGGCCUGGUUUCUGAGACCCUCAGUGUCCGUACCUUCCACUUCAUUGAGCAGAACCUCACCAAUUACUAUGAGAUGAUGCUGACUGAUCGCAAGGAAGCUGCCUCCUGGGCACGUCGGAUGCACCUGGCCCUGAAGGCCUAUCAGGAGCUGCUGGCCACAGUGAAUGAGAUGGACAUGUCCCCAGAUGAGGCUGUGAGGGAUAGCAGCCGCAUCAUCAAGAACAAUAUCUUCUAUGUGAUGGAGUACCGAGAACUGUUCCUGGCUCUCUUUCGAAAGUUUGAUGAGAGAUGCCAGCCGCGCUCUUUCCUUCGUGACUUGAUAGAAACCACCCACCUCUUCCUCAAGAUGUUGGAGCGGUUCUGUCGGAGCCGUGGGAACCUGGUGGUACAGAACAAACAAAAGAAGAGAAAGAAGAAAAAGAAGGCCGUAGGUCAGCCUGUUGCUUCUGAUCAUGUCCCCUAUAGUGCAGGUGAACUAGAGGCUGUGUGGCCGUCCCUGGCUGAGCAGCUACGAUGCUGUGCCCAGGAUCCCGACCUCAGCUUGGACUCUGUGGUUCCCUUUGAUGCGGCCUCAGAAGUGCCAGUAGAAGAGCAGCGGGCGGAAGCCAUGGUGCGGAUCCAGGACUGUCUCCUGGCUGGCCAGGCUUCACAGGCCCUAACCCUCCUUAGGUCUGCCCGGGAGGUAUGGCCAGAAGGAGAUGUGUUUGGCUCACAAGACAUUUCUGUAGAGGAAGAGAUCCAGCUGCUGAAACAAAUCAUCAGUGCCCCGCUUCCCCGACAACAGGGGCCAGAGGAACGAAGGGCAGAAGAAGAGGAAGAAGAGGGGGAGGAGGAAGAGAAGGAGGAAGAGUUGCAAGAGGUCCAGGUGUCGGAGAAAGAAUUUAACUUUCUGGACUACCUGAAACGUUUUGCAAGCUCAACUGUUGUGCGAGCCUAUGUGGUGCUGCUGCGGAGCUACCGACAGAACAGUGCCCACACUAACCACUGCGUUGUCAAGAUGCUGCACCGAUUGGCCCAUGACCUCAAGAUGGAAGCGCUCCUUUUCCAGCUUUCACUCUUCUGCCUCUUCAACCGUCUGCUUAGUGACCCGGCUGCCGGGGCCUACAAAGAGCUGGUGACUUUUGCCAGGUACAUCCUGGGCAAGUUCUUUGCAUUGGCUGCAGUCAAUCCAAAAGCCUUUGUGGAGCUACUGUUUUGGAAGAACACAGCUGUGGUUCGAGAGAUGGCCGAGGGCUAUGGCUCUCUGGAUGACGGAUCUUCCAGUCACAAACCCCCUACGUGGAGCCCAGAGGAGGAGGCCCAGCUUCAGGAAUUGUACCUUGCCCAUAGGGAUGUGGAAGGUCAGGAUGUGAUAGACAUCAUCUUGGCACACCUGAAAACCCCUCGAACACGCAAGCAGGUCACCCACCAUCUGGUACGGCUGGGCCUGGCUGACAGUGUCAAGGACUUCCCGAGGAAAGGAACCCAAAUUGUACUGUGGACAGAAGAUCAGGAGCUAGAGCUGCAGCGGCUUUUUGAGGAGUUCCAGGAUUCAGAUGAUGUGCUAGAUCAUAUCAUGAAGAAUAUCACAGCCAAACGCUCACGGGCGCGAAUAGUGGAUAAGCUGCUGGCUCUGGGACUGGUGGCCGAGCGGCGGGAGCUAUAUAAGAAACGGCGGAGGAAGUCCAUGCCCUCAGGCUUGCCUCCUGGGGAGGAGUCCCCGCAAGAUUUUGGCCAGGAAGAUCUGGUAGAAGAAGAAGAAAACCCGCCAGAGGGAGAGAGUGAUGAGGAUGCAGAGAAAGAUGAGAACUUGGAAGCAGAGCAAGCCCAGGGUAGCUCAGGCCUUUCAACUGAAACCCUUGGGCAGAGCCUGUAUCAGGAAGGCUUUUCUGCUCCCCUUCUGUGGCUCCAGAACUGCCUGAUUCGAGUAGCAGACGAUCGAGAAGAGGAUGGCUGCUCCCAGGCAGUCCCUUUGGUGCCACUGACGGAAGAAACUGAGGAAGCCAUGGAAAAUGAGCAGUUUCAGCAGCUGUUGCGCAAGCUAGGGGUUCGGCCUCCUGCCUCUGGGCAGGAAACUUUCUGGAGAAUUCCAGCCAAGCUGAGUCCUACCCAGCUCCGGAGGGUAGCAGCUUCUUUGAGUCAGCCAAAGGAGGAGGGAGAACUUCAGCUAGGACUAGAACCUAGAGUCCCCAGGGAGCACAGCCCUGAAGAGGAGCACCAAGAGGAGCACCAAAAGGAGCACCAGUCACAAGCCCUGAGGGCCCUCUUAUUAGCCCGAAAAAAGAAAGCCAGCCUGGUGUCCACAGGGGGGGAAGGGGCUGCUGGUGAGAAAGAACAGCUGAAAAUGGCAUCCAGGAAGCGACAACUACUAGACAGUGAUGAGGAACAGGAGGAAGAUGAGGGUAGGAGCCGAGCACCAGAGUCGAGAACUCCAAAAAUCCAAAAGAAGAAACGGUUUCAGAUUGAGGAUGAAGAUGACAGCAACUGAAGAACCAGAAGCUUCGGAGUGGGAGUAGACCAUUUUUAGGUGGCGAAUUUAAGUCAGAAUUCAGAGGGUCACAGAGGACCCAGAAACUCCUUUUACCAGACAGAAGCAAUAGAGUCCUGGGCUUCCCCAUGGAUCUGGGAUUUAGGAAGUUCAGGCAACAGCGUUGGACCUCUCUGAAGUCACUCCUUGCUUCUCCUGGUUUUAGGAGUAUGCCUCAGUAGCUCUCUGGAGACUUCCUCCUCUUCUAGGAUCUGUUUCUUUGGGUUAGUAGCACCCUUUAGCAAAUGGGAGAAGUAAGUGACAUAUAGAAGGCACUUUGGACCCCUUUUGGCUUUCUGCUAGAGGUGGGUCACAGCACCAGAUGGGGAGCUCUGUGACAUGGUGGGUGGGGGUGUUGCACCAUUUUAAAAAGGCGCCAAAUGAUCCUGUCCUUGUUUCUUUCCUGUGAUCCUCCCUAGACAUCAGAUUGAACCUAAUUCCUGCAGUUAAGGUAGGGUUAGGGUGCAGUACCCUCUAGGUGGUGAAUGUAUUUGGUUUGUGUUUGGUAUUAAAUGUGUAAAAUUAAAAGUUGCAAAAGGUUA